GGAAGAUACGCACACGCAUAGACCCACUCACCAUCACACACCUCACAUCCUACAGAGGAGGUCCCAUCCUGCGACUGGCACCCUGACCAACACCACCCAUCUUCGUGCAGGUCAUGGCGUCCUUCCUGAGCACAGCAGCCUCCUACCUCGGUCGCACCACCCUCGCAUCAAACUACACAGUCGACUCUUCCUCACCACCUCUACAAUGCGGCAACUGGAGGAUCACCCGCGCCGUCCGCAACAGCAGCAGCUCUGCCUUGAGCUCUGCCGCCGCCUCCUCGUCGUCGACUGGCGCAGCAGGGCCCUCGGCAGCAGGCGGAGGAUCACAGACAAUGGUGAAUAAUCCUUCGGCGGAUUUGGGGGCGGGGAAAGGGGUGGUGAGCAUUUGGGAGGCAAAACUCGAAGCCAGGGGGUCGGCGAGGCAAUUAGUCGUCGAGAUGCUCAAGAAGGAGGCAUCGACCCUCACUCGCCUGCGUCACCCGUGCAUCCUGUCCGUGGUAGAGCCAGUGGAGGAAACACGCGGAGCUCUCACGUUUGCGACUGAGCCCGUCGUAGCCUCUCUACAUCAAGCAGUCCUCGCCAGCGAGUCGGCAGGCAGAGCCUCAGCGGAGGUAGCUCUGGACGAGGUGGAAAUCCAAAAGGGGCUACUACAAGUCGCCCGCGGUCUGGAAUUUCUACAUCAGGCUGGCAUGGUACAUGGUAAUCUCGACUCGAAUGCCAUUGUCAUCAACGCAAAGGGAGACUGGAAGCUGUGCAGCUUUGGUUUCUUGACUCCUCUCAAGCAGCCCGAUGGCACUCUCACGCCCUAUCGUCAUCCAGACUAUGAUCCCACACUACCACCUUCUCUUUCGGUCAAUUUUGACUACCUGGCGCCCGAGUACGCCUUGGACGAGAAGCGUGAGCCGGCAAAUGACCUGUACUCCCUGGGUUGCGUCGUCUUUGCCGUGCACUCGAGGGGUAGUCCUCCCUUCCGGAAUAGGAAUUCACUCACGAAUCUCCGCAGCAACGUCGAUGGCCUUUCUACUGCUGCCGAGUCCGCCGAUUGGCGACGCUUGGGCAAAGACGUAGUGGAGCUUCUCUCUUCUCUCCUCACUCGUUUUCCAGGCAGUCGCUACACUGCUGUGAGCUUCCAAAAGGCAGGCUACUUCAAUAACAUUCUCGUCUCCACACUCAAGUUCCUUGAGCGCGAGUCCUUCAGCGGCAGGACGAAAGAGGAGCGAGUGCAAUUCCUCAAGGGCCUGCUAGGCGUCUUGCCACAAUUUUCUGAUCGACUACUGAGGCGCAAGGUGCUCCCGGCUCUGCUAGAACUGAUGAGCGAUCGAUCUCUCCUGCCAUUUAUCCUGCCGAAUGUCUUCCACAUUGCAAAGACGCUUUCCAGCAUCGAGUUCAGCUCGUCGGUACUGCCUCGCUUGCAGCCUCUCUUUACCGUACAGGACCCGCCGCAGACGCAGUUGAUGCUGUUGGAUCAGAUUGAGCUGUUCGUCUCAAAGACGUCUCCGCCAGUCUUUCGAGAAGGCGUGACGCCCCUACUCUAUUCUUCGUUAGAGACAGAGCAGGCGCAGGUCCAGGAGCGCGCCCUGCAAAAGGUUCCCCGCCUCUGCGAGGUCUUGGAGUACUCCCACGUCAAGGAAGUGUUGUUCCCGAAGAUUGCAGUGCUCUUCUCUAAGACCAAGAUCCUGAGCGUAAAAGUGAACACGCUCAUCUCAUUCCAUCACAUGAUACCCAUUCUUGACAAGCACACACUCACGGAGAAGCUCGUCCCUCUCCUCUCACGCAUCAAAACCCGCGAGCCCUCUGUCAUGAUCGCCACACUCGCAGUGCACGAGUCGCUCGCCUCAAAAGUGGACCGCGAGACACUCGCCAUCCACAUCAUCCCGCAACUUUGGAUCAUGUCCAUGGGUCCUCUCCUCUCUGCGGACCAAUUCGAAAAGUUUGUUAGGGCGGCGAGAGAGAUGGGAGAUAAAGUCGCCAAGGAGCAUCUCGCUCAUCUGAAGGAGAUGAAGCGGAUGCAGGAGCACAGCGAGUCGUACGCUGGGAACGGUCCAGAUGACGCACUUGGUAGUACUGGUGGCGGUGGUGGUAGUAGCUCAGGAGAUGUCGACUUUGCCACACUCGUAGGUAGUGGCAAGGACAGCGGCACGGGCGUCGUGGCGAGGGACGUGGGGAAAGUGCCCGCAAGCAACGGUACCGGUAGCGGCAACGGUAUGGCCUCUUUCGAUCCCUUUGCCUUCGACGACCUACCUCCCGCCUCUUCGAGUCCAAUGGGCGGUACGCCAGCUGCGCUCACCCCAGCACACACCGGCAGCGGCACCGCAUCCAUAACACCAGCGCCGUACCUCCGGCCCGGUCCUCGUCCUUCGGCUGGGUCUGCCUCAAACAGCUUCGCGGGCUCCUCUUCCACGGCAUCGCUACCAACACUCGCUGCUCCUCCACUUGGGGGAGGCGCGAAAGCCUCCACGGGUCUCACACCUGCCAUUCGCUCUGCGGGGCUCAGCUCACCCUCGCUCACGCCAAGUAGAAGUGCCGCGACACCUCCGCCGGGAUGGACUUCAGGUGGGACGCUUGUCCCUUCCUCUGCUUCUUCAGCAUCGCGGUCAAACCUGGGCGCGAGCGCGCCUAUCACUGCAUCUGCCUCUCCAGGGACGGGGCCGAAUUACAACAUCUCCCUGCCGCCAGCAUCGAACUUUGGACAGCUCACCAGCACCAACAACGGCAGCGGUAGCAGCAGCGGUGGGCCGAACGGAGGCUCAACCGCUCUUAUGAUGAACGGUAGCGGUCUCCCGCCUUUGCUGCCGCAGACAUCGUCUCUGAAUCUUACUUCACCACAAGCUCAGACGUCGCUGUACACGCCUAACCCUCAGCAGCAGCAGCAGCAACAACAACAACAACAAGGCCCCCCAGGAUGGGGAGGGAGUGUGCUUCAGCCCUCCAAACCUGCGAAUAAGGCGGGCGGAACGGCGGCAGGCUCACAGGGACAGUGGGGGGAGUUUGACCCGUUCGCGUAGACCAGGUCAAUCAGUUGAUCAUUCAGCGACAUGCGUGCGUGCUAAGGUUGGACGGCAUUGUAGUGUAGUCAGGCGUUCGUCAUCGUUGUUGGCGAAAACAGUGCGGCUUUUAUACCAUCUGCGGCAUUUCAUCGUCGUCCUCUUUGCUCUUCCCCGCCCUUCUCUCGCUCGGGGGCAGAGUGUCCUUGCCUGCCUGUUUGCGUGUCUGGCGGAGCUACUAUCAGCCGGUUAAGCAGCCGGAG